UCAUUUCUGGCUGUGACAUAUCCAAGAAAGGCCCAGCCAUCCAAUCAGCACGUUGAGUUGGACAAACCCAUUUCCGAAGAUGCACGAUCACUAUUUGUUGUGAUAAGAAGUACAGCACAGCGAAGCACAUAACAGGAAGUCUGCUAUUGAGUAAACCUUGGUCAGUGACAGCCCUGCAGUGUGGGGAGAGAGAGUGAAAACUCUUCCAGAUGCGUGUUAUGGCUGACCAGAUGUUCCUCAUACUGCUUUCCACUUCCCUAGCAGGUCUCCUGCGAGCUGAAGGAAAUGUGUUUUUACAGGAAGAAAAUGCGAACAAGUUUUUGGGAAGAAUAAAGCGUGCUAAUUCCUUUCUUGAGGAGCUAAAGAAAGGGGAUAUUGAAAGAGAAUGUUGGGAGGAACGCUGCUCAAAAGAGGAAGCCAGAGAAGCAUUUGAAGACACACAGAAAACCGAAGAAUUCUGGAAUAAAUAUGUAGAUGGGGACCAGUGCAAGCCCAACCCUUGUCGUUAUGGUGGAACAUGUAAAGAUGGAAUUGGCAUGUACACUUGCUUAUGCUUGGAAGGAUACCAGGGCAAAAACUGUGACACUGUUAUACCCAAAUACUGCAAGCUGACUAAUGGCGAUUGUGACCAUUUCUGCAAACCUGUCAAAAAUGGUGUUGUGUGCUCCUGUGCCACUGGCUAUGUUCUGGGAGCGGACGAGAAAUCGUGUAUUCCAACAGAGCCAUUCCCAUGUGGGAAAGUUUAUUUGAAAAGAAAAAAGAGGUCAGUGAUUUCAUUUGGUAACCACAGCAGUGUUACCAAUGAGCAAGAUGGCAAACCCAAUGAACUAUCUAAGAAUAAAGAGACAAGCCACAAGGACAUCGCCAAUACUACAGCCAGCCCAGAUGUUCACCUUCAGAAUGAAAUAAAAGCUCCCAACAAAACAGAAAAUGAUCCUAAAAUAUCUCCAAAUCCUAAUGUGAGGAUAGUAGGUGGUAAAGACUGUUUGCCUGGUGAAUGUCCAUGGCAGGCUCUUCUACUAAAUGAAAAGGAGGAAGGGUUUUGUGGAGGGACAAUUCUGAACCAGUUUUUUAUACUUACUGCAGCUCACUGCAUAAACCAAUCUAAAAUAAUUAAAGUUAUUGUUGGGGAAGUGGACAGAGAAAAGGAAGAAAACACUGAAAUGAUAUACGCAGCGGAAAAAGUAAUGGUGCAUGGUAGAUUUGUUUCUGCAACUUAUGAUUAUGACAUAGCCCUUAUAAAAUUAAGGGAACCUAUAAAGUUUUCAAAGUAUGUUAUUCCAGCAUGCCUUCCUGAUGUGGACUUUGCUAAUGAAAUUCUGAUGACUCAAAAAUCCGGAAGAGUUAGUGGUUUUGGGCGCCUCUUUGAACAAGGACGCAUGUCCAACAAACUUCAAGUGCUUGAAGUCCCCUAUAUUGACAGAAAUUCAUGCAAGCAAUCUAGUACCUUUAUGAUCACAGAAAAUAUGUUCUGUGCUGGCUAUGACAAUGUAACUAAAGAUGCAUGUCAGGGAGACAGUGGAGGUCCCCACGUAACUAAAUACAAGGACACUUAUUUUGUUACUGGUAUAGUCAGCUGGGGUGAAGGAUGUGCAAGGAAAGGCAAAUAUGGAGUAUAUACAAAAGUGUCAAAGUUAGAAGGUUGGGUCAGAAAGAGAUUGAAAGAAAACUCUUAAAUUUAUUUAGCAUUAUGUUUUGUACACUCAGCUGAUUCAUAAAUAAGCAUUCAGUCUUUCUUGUAUUUCUGCUGAAAUUCUUUUUCUGACAGCUUACUAUUUCCUUUGAGAGUUACAGUACUGCUUCUUAAAGAGUAUAUUCAUGGUUUUAGCAUGCACGCAUUGCUCUGUUUGGUUUAGGAGAUUUCAUGAAACCAGACUGAUAUUUAGAUUCCAUUUGGGUCCCUGAUUUACAAUUUGCCAAAUGUCUAUAGGAAAGUUGGUGGUGGUUUGUGUGGUGUUUUUUUUUUUUUUUUUUUUUAACCUUCUCCAGUUAUAAUGAAAUUCUGAACUGGCAGUACUUGAGUUGGAAAGGCAAGACAAAUGUAUAUAAAAGUAAGGAUGGGACAUUACUGAAAUUCAACAGAGCAUUUCCAGAGCCUUAUGGCCUCAGGGCAAACUCUAAUCUUCUAAAUGAGUCUUACACACAUACAUAUAGACACAUUAAAAAGCUCAGAGCAGAAAGAUUAGUCUUUGUGAAAACUACACUGCAAAUAAAUCUUUACCAUUUGAUACUAAAUAACCAGGUGUUUCAUGGAAACAAUAUGUCUGGUUGGUUUUAGUAACUUAAAUUGGUGUAUCUGUACAGUCAAUAGAAAAAAAAUGUAUAAAGAAAUCAUAUAUAUUCAACAUAUAUCUGUUUCUCUUUUGAAAAUAAUGUUAACACUUGUUUGUUUUAUGGACAAUAAUCAAUGAAUUUAGUAUUAAUAUGUUAGGUACUUCUAUAGAAAUCCAAUGUUGUUGUACAUCAGCAUUUACCCACCAAAUAAAGUGUUAUCUAUAUUUAUUCAGUA